CACAUAAACAAAAACGUAUUUUUCAAAGGUUCACUUCACUCGUCAGAGGAAGCUAAAGAGCGUCUCUGCGGCGAGGACAAGCGAAAAAUCUCCGAUCAGCGUAUGGAUGCACCCGAAAGAUGCGAGAGAUUCGUCGUCCCUGAAGGCACCAAAAAGUAACUUCAGCGUGACGAAAAUGUUGUGUGUUUCUGGAUGCCAACUUCCUCAUCCUCUCAUGUACAAAAUCAUAGUCAGGGUUCGCACUACAAACCAGUCUUCCCCGAUGCAAGCAUACAAUCAGGCCAUCAAUGACCUGGACAAGGAGCUUAACUUUCUCAAGAACCAGUUUGAGGCAUAGAUGACCAAGUUUUCGGAUCAGCAGUACUAAGUAACUCAGACUUCUCUAAGCACCAACCACAAGACUUAUAAUGGUCUUGUGGACUUUUUUUCCUAAACAUGUUUGUAUAAAUCAGAAACAAAUCUUCAUGUAAUUUGUUUUAACUCUAUGUUUUGUACACCAUUUCAGACUGCUAACAAGGCUAUGCUUAGUAUUGCCUCUUCUUUUUUUUU